AGUAAGCGAGGAAAAUAUAUGAAAAGGGUCCAAAAUAUGUAGGGGUCCAAUUCAAGUUGGUUACCCUAAUACUUUAAAGUUAGGAAAUACUUCCGGCGAAUUGACAUUGAGUGCGAACAUGUGAAGUUUUUCUUAUGCUAAUUAUUGCGUGUACAUUUGAGCUAAUCAUGCCAUUACCACAGUUGCGUAUCCUCAAACAGAUGGCCCUUGCUAUGCCAAACAAGGUACACACUUCCCAUCACCCUUUUAUCAGUUCCAGUUCCAGCUAAGUAUUUACCUUUAUCCACUUUGAAGUCUCUCCCAACCUCUGUUUGAGUUGCAUCAAUGAUAUCGAAAACAGAUGCAGUGAUUUGAUUGCAGCAGUUCACCGUAGACGCACGAUGCACCGUUCCCGAGCAACGUUUCGUGAAUUUCUGGUAGCUGGUGUUGCCACCAUCUCGGCCAUGAUCAUGGGCAUAGCACUGGGGUGGCCGUCGCCCAUGUUCAAGAAGCUCACCGAGGAGAGCCUUUCGGACAAUCCCAUCGGUAAGGUCAUCGUCGAGAGCGAACAGUCCUGGAUCAACUCGGUCCUGGCGAUUGGUGGCUUCUUCGGACCGUUCGCCGCUGGGUUCCUGGCCGAUCGACGAGGUCGAAAGCUUACGUUGCUGCUCAGUGCAAUGGUGCACGUCGUCGGUUGGAUUGUGCUGCUAACGGCCUAUUCGGCUGCGAUGAUGAUAGCUGCGCGGAUCGUGCUGGGCUUUGGCAGUGGCUGUAUUCUGGUUACGCUCCCGAUGUACGUCGGCGAGAUUGCCAGCGAUCAGUAUCGAGGCAUUUUGGGAUCUUUCCUACAGAUUGGACAGACGGUUGGUAUCCUGUACGUUUACUGCAUCGGUCCGUACGUGGGAUACUACGCCUUCCAGUGGAUCUGCUGUGCAGUGCCGUUACUCUUCUUAGUUGUCUUCGGUUAUAUGCCGGAAACGCCACACUACUUUGUAUCCAAAGGGUUAUAUCAGCAAGCUGCGGUUUCGUUGAUGUAUCUCCGGGACGCUUCAGCCGAUGAAAUUCAACCCGACCUGCUAGCAAUCAAGAAGUUCCUACAAAAGGAUGAACAUAUCCAGAGCACCAACUCUCUGAAGAGCCUGUUCACCCAGCGGUCCAACCUGAAAGCGCUGACUAUCAGCUUCUGUCUGAUUUCGCUCCAACAGUGGACCGGAAUCGAUUGCAUCCUCUCGAACAGUGAUCUUAUCUUCGAGAAAGCGCAAAUAUCGCUAUCGGCAGAUGUGUCCACCAUUAUCAUGGGGGCGAUUCAAGUGGUUUGUUGUUGUGUGACGCUGCUGUUUGUGGACCGCGUCGGUCGGAAACCGGUCCUGAUGAGUUCCGCCUUGGGACUUUCAGUUGCACUGACCUUGCUGGGAGCCUUCUUUAUGAUGGAGCAAAUGAACGUGGACUCGAAGUACAUCGGGUGGAUUCCCUUGACGGGCAUGCUGGGGUUCAUAGCGAUCUUCAACUUUGGCUUCGGGCCGGUACCGUGGGCGAUAGCUUCAGAGAUUUUCGCACACGAUGUGAAAGCCAUUGGAAACACGAUCAACGUGUCCGUUUCGUGGAUUUUGGACUUUCUGGCGUUACGAUUCUUCCUGUUGAUUAGCGAAUCGUUCGGCUUCGAGUGGGCCUUCUGGAUGUUUGCGAUCAUCUGUGCGGUGGCCUUCGUGUUUACAAUGUUCUGUGUGGUGGAGACGAAAGGAUUGAGCCUGCAGGAGAUUCAAGAACGGUUGGGGAGAGUGUCGAAGCACGUGGAGGAUGCUGGAAGGGAGUCGUCGUUACAGUAAAGUUUCGAUCUUUUGAUGAUGAUGAUUUCCGUUUUUGUGGGUUCGAGAACAAAGUCACUUAAC